CUUCCCGCCAUCUCUCUCACCGGGACCCAUUCGAGUCGUAUCGUGAGCGUGAAUCUCGGGCUUUCCUCAACUAUUUUCCCCUAAAUCGUCCAUAUCAAGCUAAAAAUGCGUGAAUGUAUCUCAAUCCACAUUGGUCAGGCUGGUGUCCAGAUUGGAAAUGCCUGCUGGGAGUUGUACUGCCUGGAGCACGGGAUCCAGCCUGAUGGCCAGAUGCCCAGUGACAAAACAGUAGGGGGCGGUGACGACUCCUUCAACACCUUCUUCAGUGAGACUGGUGCCGGCAAACAUGUACCCAGGGCUGUCUUUGUAGAUUUGGAACCCACAGUAGUUGAUGAGGUGCGAACUGGAACCUACCGUCAGCUCUUCCACCCUGAACAACUCAUCACUGGUAAGGAGGAUGCCGCCAACAACUACGCCCGUGGUCACUACACCGUUGGAAAGGAGCUUGUUGAUCUAGUUCUUGACAGAAUUCGUAAGCUAGCUGAUCAGUGCACUGGUCUCCAGGGAUUCCUCCUCUUCCACUCCUUUGGUGGUGGUACUGGAUCUGGUUUCUCUUCCCUACUUAUGGAGCGUCUCUCUGUCGACUACGGCAAGAAGUCCAAGCUCGAGUUUGCCAUCUACCCAGCUCCGCAGAUCUCCACAGCCGUUGUUGAGCCAUACAACUCCAUCCUGACCACUCAUACCACCCUUGAGCACUCCGAUUGUGCUUUCAUGGUCGACAACGAGGCCAUCUACGAUAUCUGCCGCCGUAACUUGGACAUCGAGCGACCAACCUAUACCAACUUAAACAGGCUCAUUGGUCAGAUUGUCAGCUCCAUCACCGCUUCCCUGCGAUUUGAUGGUGCACUCAAUGUUGACUUGACUGAGUUCCAGACCAACUUGGUGCCAUACCCACGUAUCCACUUCCCUCUGGCCACCUAUGCUCCAGUCAUCUCUGCGGAGAAGGCCUACCAUGAGCAGCUCUCAGUUUCUGAGAUCACCAAUGCCUGCUUUGAGCCAGCCAACCAACUGGUGAAGUGUGACCCACGUCACGGUAAAUACAUGUCUUGCUGCAUGUUGUACCGUGGAGAUGUUGUCCCUAAGGAUGUCAAUGCUGCCAUUGCCACCAUCAAGACCAAGAGGACCAUCCAGUUCGUUGACUGGUGUCCAACUGGUUUCAAGGUCGGAAUCAACUACCAGCCACCAACUGUCGUCCCAGGUGGUGACUUGGCCAAGGUCCAGCGUGCUGUCUGCAUGUUGAGCAACACAACCGCCAUCGCCGAGGCCUGGGCUCGUCUUGACCAUAAAUUUGAUCUGAUGUAUGCCAAGCGUGCCUUUGUCCACUGGUACGUCGGAGAGGGUAUGGAAGAGGGAGAGUUCUCCGAGGCCCGUGAGGAUUUGGCUGCUCUUGAGAAGGAUUACGAAGAGGUCGGUGUUGACUCCGUUGAGGUUGAGGGUGAGGAAGAGGGCGAAGAAUAUUAGAACAGGUUCAUACUCUAAUAACAUUUUUGCAAUGCCUUAUUUUGCAAUAUCUGGACUUAAAUUUGUAAACUGCCUGUAAGAACAAUCUUGCGAUAAUUCUGCUUCCGUAAAAUUCUGCAUCUUUUUGUUACCGGUAAUGUAACAUGUUCAGACUUUACAUCUGCCCUGUCCGUGCUUAAAACGGAUGACUGUGAUCAAGUCACUGUUUUUGUCAUUGGAUUCAAUAAAUUUUUAAGUUGAAA